GCGCGUGGGCACCAAAGUGUGGAAAAACCGAUGAAUGACGUUUUCUGUUUCCGAUACUCUGCCUGCCAGAAUCCCCUGCCGCACCGCCCCACCACGAAGCACAUGGAACCCACGGACUACACGAGGACAGAGGUCUGUUCUCCCUUUACCUCUCCCAUUUCUUCAACUAUGCUUCUCUCGGCUGGCAUGCCCUUUCCUCAUCUCACUCCACACACGCACAGGUUUAGCAAAUAAUAUGCACGCUGCUGGGACGGGCCCAAGCAUUUCCCUCCCUUGAUAGGGCGGAACUAAAAUGCAAGCCCCACAGUUGUCAGCAAAGGACUUCCCUGUUACCAUGGUAAAGCCGCUGCGCCUUUAUUGUGGUUGAGGAGUACUUGCAUCAACCUAAGAGAAAAUUAAUAAGAAGGAAGUCUGCAGGCUGAAACCCUUCAAAUUAGCCUGGACUCGCCUGCAUCUGGCUCGGAACAGAGUUAAUCUUAGGAGUGAGAAUAUAGCCCUCCGGGGGACGCAACUCGCGCCUGCGGCUAACAGAAUGUCUCCAGGGGAGGGGCUCUGCGUCCGUUCCGCCCAGGCACUUCCGGCUCACGCGCCGUACGGAAGCGUGCUCAGCGCUGGGCUUGUGCUCCGUACGGAAGUGUGCUUUGGCGCACCGGAAGCCGACUCAACAGAGCUAUGGCGGGUUUGACUGUGAGAGACCCAGCGGUGGAUCGUUCUCUACGUUCUGUGUUCGUGGGGAACAUUCCUUAUGAAGCUACUGAAGAGCAGUUGAAGGACAUCUUUUCUGAGGUUGGACCUGUUGUUAGUUUCAGAUUGGUAUACGACAGAGAGACAGGAAAGCCAAAGGGUUAUGGCUUCUGUGAAUACCAAGACCAAGAGACAGCACUUAGUGCCAUGCGGAACCUGAAUGGGCGCGAAUUCAGUGGGAGAGCACUUCGAGUGGACAAUGCUGCCAGUGAAAAGAACAAAGAAGAGCUGAAGAGCCUUGGCACUGGUGCCCCUGUCAUUGAGUCACCUUAUGGAGAGACCAUCAGUCCUGAGGAUGCCCCUGAGUCCAUUAGCAAAGCAGUUGCCAGCCUUCCACCAGAGCAGAUGUUUGAGCUGAUGAAACAAAUGAAGCUGUGUGUCCAGAAUAGUCCCCAGGAGGCACGGAACAUGUUACUUCAGAACCCUCAACUGGCUUAUGCUUUGCUGCAAGCACAGGUAGUGAUGAGAAUUGUGGAUCCGGAAAUUGCCCUGAAAAUUCUGCAUCGCCAGACAAAUAUCCCAACGCUGAUUGCAGGCAACCCUCAGCCAGUCCAUGGUGCUGGGCCUGGCUCAGGAUCCAAUGUGUCAAUGAACCAGCAGAAUCCUCAGGCCCCUCAGGCCCAGUCUUUGGGUGGAAUGCAUGUCAAUGGCGCACCUCCUCUGAUGCAAGCUUCUAUGCAGGGUGGAGUUCCAGCACCAGGGCAAAUGCCAGCUGCUGUCACAGGACCUGGCCCUGGUUCCUUAGCUCCUGGAGGAGGAAUGCAGGCUCAGGUUGGAAUGCCAGGAAGUGGACCAGUGUCCAUGGAACGGGGGCAAGUGCCGAUGCAAGACCCCAGAGCAGCUAUGCAGCGGGGAUCCUUGCCUGCCAACGUCCCAACCCCUCGAGGCUUGUUAGGAGAUGCUCCGAAUGAUCCACGGGGAGGCACUUUACUUUCUGUAACUGGAGAGGUAGAGCCUAGAGGUUACUUGGGACCACCUCAUCAGGGUCCACCCAUGCACCAUGUCCCUGGCCAUGAGAGCCGAGGACCACCCCCACAUGAACUGAGGGGAGGGCCAUUACCCGAGCCCAGACCUCUAAUGGCAGAACCAAGAGGACCCAUGCUAGAUCAGAGGGGUCCACCCUUGGAUGGCAGAGGUGGAAGGGAUCCCCGAGGAAUAGAUGCACGAGGGAUGGAGGCCCGAGCCAUGGAGGCAAGAGGGUUAGAUGCCAGAGGAUUAGAGGCCCGUGCAAUGGAGGCCCGUGCGAUGGAAGCUCGUGCAAUGGAGGCCCGAGCGAUGGAGGCCCGUGCAAUGGAAGUCCGAGGGAUGGAGGCCAGAGGCAUGGAUACCAGAGGCCCAGUGCCUGGCCCCAGAGGACCUAUACCUAGUGGAAUGCAGGGUCCCAGUCCAAUUAACAUGGGGGCGGUUGUCCCCCAGGGAUCCAGACAGGUCCCAGUCAUGCAGGGAACAGGAAUGCAAGGAGCAAGUAUACAGGGUGGAAGCCAGCCUGGCGGCUUUAGUCCCGGGCAGAACCAAGUCACUCCACAGGAUCAUGAGAAGGCUGCUUUGAUUAUGCAGGUUCUACAACUGACUGCAGACCAGAUUGCCAUGUUGCCUCCUGAGCAAAGGCAGAGUAUCCUGAUUUUAAAGGAACAAAUACAGAAAUCCACUGGAGCACCUUGAUAGGUUUUCAAAAAUACCUGGCAAGAAAUCUGGAAAUUCUAUAAUUUUGUUGAAAUAUUGAAAAAAGAUGACCUGCAUCCUAACCCUUGAAUGACUCAAAUCAGUGCCAGGUGGAGGACUCCCAUCACCUUCUCUCAGAACAAAAUCACUUCAUUUUAUUGUCUUAGUUUGUAUAUUUUCUGUGACUUGAAAUAAACUUUGAACACAAUUUUAGUACACUGCAAAUUGAUACACAUGACCUUUUUGCUUUUAAAAAGCUUAACACUAAGGGUGAAACCUUAGAUGUGUUUUCUACCCUUACUGCGGUAUUGUACUUUAACAUAUUGCCAUAGUUUUGUUUUUAAGUUAACCAUUUAUUCUUCUUGAUGAUAUUUGAGAAUUUCUCAGAAGCAAUGUUUUCUGGAACUUGGUUUUUGUUUAGUUUGCUUCCAGUAAGAAUUAUUAUAAGGCUUUGCCUCUGAAAAUAUUCUAGCACUUCUGAGUCUUCUGGGAGAAAAUAUCACAUGCUUAGAGCUAUAAAAUGGUCAGAAGGCUAACAGAGCAAAGAGCCUAGCACAGCCGUGUGUUUAGUUUAGAAAAAUCCAAAUAUCAAAAUGCAUUUGUUUCAAUAGCAGGUCUGAACAUGUAUAAUUCAGAGUUAAGACAAAAAUUGUUUUAGCACUGGUUUGAGUGUGUCAGCAACACAAGAGACUGUUGACAUUUACUUGUGUGUUCUUAAACUUAUCAGUCUAGGCAGUCAACUUUGAAAGUUUAAAAAGCCACUGAUUUUUCACAUGCUCAAGAUGAAAUAAAAACAGAAAUCAAAUGAACAAAAUACAUUUCAUCCUAUCUUCCAGGCAGUCCCUAACCUGCAGCCCUACCCUGUAACUACGUUUAUUCUGGGAACUUACAACACAGAAAACCCUAAAACUUGUACAUUCUUCUCAUUUUAAGUGGACCAAAUGUAGAGCACAGUCAGAUUGCUCAUUAGGUCUGCUCCUGCCUGCUUCCUUGCGGAUAGGUAUGAACAUAAUUAGUGCCAUUAGCUCUAAUCUAUGGGUCUUAUUGCCUAGUAUUUCUCUCUCUCGCCGCCGCCGCCUCCUCUCCCCCCACCCCAACCCCGUCUCUCUCGUAGUGGCAUUAAGGAGGAACAUGGUUUCUCUCCAUCAGGCCAACCUCAAGAGGUUAAGAGUUGCCUUAAUAAUCAGUAAAGUUCUACUGGAACUACUUUUGAGCCAAUUUAUAUUCUUGGAAUUCUAUCCCCUGGGUUAGGAUUAUGGUCAGGUGAAUUAAAAGCCUGGCAUAGGCUUAGAGAAUGUAAUAGCAUAUUGCUUACAUGUCAAGCAAAAGAAUGCAAAGAUAAUCAACUUUUUGAGUGACAAUGAAAUUGAGGGAUUUUCUACUCAUAUAAACAUUUAUAAGAAAUUUGCUGAUUAAGGUAUUUCAUAUUACAACUUUGCAAGAAAAACUUGCUCAAAGCAGGUGAGGAGCUUUCUGUGUAUCCUGCUCAUCCCCAGUUCAACUUGGAUGUUGGCUAUGCAUAGGAUUUAUUAUAUUCAUUACCAUGAAUAUAAUCGUGAAUUUAUGCCUACUCCCAUAAAUAUUCAAGCCUUGGGAUAUUGAUUUUGGCAGCCAUCAUAUCUUGAAGUGAAUGUGUCAAUAUAUUUAGACAUGGAGACCAAGAGUGAUGCCUUUCUCAUUAGGAACUCGUUAUAAGUUUCAAGAUUCCAAAUCAAGGUCAUUGAAGAUGAAGUUGUCAUUUGGUCAGUAGUUGUCUAAUAAGAAUCAUGUCUUAAAGGUUUCAUUGUGCAUUUUCCCAAAGCCUUAUUAAACCUGAAUUAGCUGAAAUCCGGGUGAACAAAUUGGCAACAGCAGUGGUAUCCCUCCCUAUGUAAACAACCAUCAGUAUUGUUUUACUGUUGUAAUAAAUGAAACAUGAUUAGCCACCAUGAGUUCAUGACCUACCUUUAUUGUGCUCAGACUAGUGACAAAAAACAAAAACAAAAACAGUUUUAUCCCUCAAGCCGUAGAGGUUCCUAAACUAUUAGAAACAACCAUUUGUUCAUUCGUGGUCACUUAAUGGUAGAAAAAAUAGAUAAUAUAAUGCUAAUUCAGUAGAAUCAUUCUUCUAAUCUAUAAUGAGUUGAAUUGUCUGGGCACAAUGAAGUGUGAGGUUUCUCUCUUAAGAGCCCUGGGCUUCUCUCCUUCUAGUGAUUCACUGUGACGACUAACAUCCCAGAGCCAGUGUGGUCCUUGUAGGCCGAGGUUGGGUAGAUGGCAGAAAUAAAAAGCAUUCUGAUAGAGAAUGAAGGCAUUUUGCUUAUGUUAUUAGCUGAAUGAUUCCUUAGCGAUAUAGGUAGGAGUCCACAAAAAUCUAUGAAAAUUAUAAAUUGUUAUUUUUUAAACUAGACAUUAAUAAACUCCCUUAAUAGUGAUAAAGAGCUCCUCUUGACUAAAUAAGUCAUCCUAACAUGGCGUUCAAGUUUUCACAAUCACUUUUAACAGAAUAAUACAAGAUGACAGUAUAGCUGACUUGCAAUUAUAAUACAAUUUCAAUUACAAUUAGCAUACUUUCUAGAUUUUCUUUCCCAAAUGGAGAGCCCAAAAAGAAGUAACAAAAGACUCAUUCAUCAAGUGAAGAAGAAAAUCCUUUAUUUUUUGAUGAGCAAAAAUAAGAAUAAAUUGCUGUUCACACUGGAUAAGACCAUAUCAAAAGUGACAGUAAAAAUGUACACUGUUGGUGUUAUAUGGGGAUGGGGUUCUCGGUAAUUGUUUAUUAUUUAUGUUUAUUGUUAUGUUUUGUCAUUAUUCAAUAAAUUUUUAUUUAAAAAGUCA